CUAGCGCUGCUAGCACCGCGGGCAGAGGCACCUUUGGACUAAGCUAAGCUAACGUUUUAAACUCGUUGAAAUAGGCUGCCCGAAGCCAUUUGGCGUCCAGUACAAUCCCCCUCGAACACAUCUGUCGCUGUCUUGAACGGCAUGACUCAUUUAUACUUUGAGACCAGGUUGUUUUCUUAGCAUUAGCCUCGAAGGUCCGACUGCAGACAUGGAGAACCGGGGCAUCGAGGACAUGUUUGACUCUCGUCGUUUUCCCAAAGAUGCAGUUCUUCUCCUGCUGCUGCUGAUUUACUCUCCCGUUGGGAUCUGUUUGACGUUGAUAAGGAUUUUCAUUGGUGUUCACGUGUUCUUGGUCAGCUGUGCACUUCCGGAGAGUUUUGCUAGAAGAUUUAUUGUCCGGGUUAUGUGCUCGGUGCUGGGAAUGCAUGUGAGACAGAAAAACCCUCGCUCCAGAGACCGAAACACCAAGCUGUACGCAUGCAACCACGUGACGGAGUUCGACCACAACAUCAUCAACCUUCUGACCCCCUGCCAUACUCCCCAGUUAGAGGGCUCCACGGGCUUUGUGUGUUGGGCCAGAGGCUUCAUGGAAAUCCAGUCAGCGUCUGGCCAAGAAGCCGUCGGAGAGUCUCUCCAGAGGUACUGCUCCACUGAAGGCACCCCCCCUCUGCUGCUGUUUCCUGAAGAGGAAACCACAAACGGCCGCGCCGGUCUGCUGAAGUUCAGUUCCUGGCCUUUCUCACUGACUGAUUCCAUCCAACCCGUGGCCUUACGCGUGACCAGACCUUUGAUUGCUUUGAGCACACCUGACUCGAGCUGGCUGAAGGAGCUCUUAUGGACAUUUUUUGUUCCAUGUACGGUGUAUCAUGUAAGUUGGCUCCCACCAGUGUCCAGACAAGAGGGCGAGUCCAUGCAGGAGUUUGCCAACAAAGCCCAGGAGCUGUUGGCGGCUGAACUCGGCGUGGUCUCCACCAAGAUCACCAAAGCCGAUAAAGCGGAGCACAUCAAGCGUAAACGGCACACUGCGCCGCAAACAUCGACCAGUGUCAGACCCGGCUCUAUUGGCCUGGGUUUCAUGGUCCAGAGUUUGGGCACCGAUGCUCAUCGGAUCGCUCGGAUGGCCCAGCAGGUGAAGGACGUUCUGCCGCACGUCCUACUGAAUGUCAUCGCGAAGGACUUGGCGAAAACCAACUGCGUCGACACCACCAUCACAAACCUGCUGGAGCACAAGGACGAAGGUCCAAUGGAGGCAACCGGGACGACGUCUUCUGGGUCCUCUAGGAACAGCUCCUAUCCCUCUGGUCCGACUCCCACCAUUACGCCUGCUGCCCAAUGUUUUGGGCGAUCACCAGUUGACAGACAUUUGUCUCUCCAAGAGAGGAAAGAAGCACUCUAUAAUUUUGCAAGGAGACGCUACAUUGAAAAACACGGAUUGGAUCAGGAGGACAGUCCCUGAACACACUUUGGGUCAAGCCACCACCGAAAACAUCGAGAGAAGCAUCAUAUUCAACUUGCAUAGUUGUCUAAUUUGAAUGGUGAUUUUUCUAUAACGUCAAGGGGUUCUGUCGCAGAACCGAUUUAGUUAAUCGCAGAUGGUAAAGGGGAGUACUCUGAACACGUCGAUGGGAGGGUGAUUUAUGCAUGUGUUUAAUUCUUCAUUCUGGCUGAUGCAUAAUUUUGAUAACAAUUUGUAUGACGAUCCACUGACUGUGAAUCAUCUAUUUAUUUUUAUAAUGUCCAGAGUCGUCGAUGAAAAUAAAGUUCAGCUUCACCGUAA